UCAUUAGACAAAGCAUAGCUGUUGAAACUUAUGUUAAAAGAAAAGACAAAAUUUUCUUAAAGCUAGUAGUUAUCUAUGAAAGAUUUGUCUUUUUCUGAAUGUAAUUAUUUUUUUUAACAUUGGUUUUGUCAAAAACAUCAUUAAUUGUUCAUAUAAUCUAUAUAUCCACCUAAAAGAAUAAUUAAAAGGCAUGCAUAAGCCUGUGGAUAUAUACAUCUAAGUCUUGGAGCAUAUAGGAAGGAAUUUUGCUACAGAAAAUUCAAAUUUCAACAUAUUUUUGUUGUUUAUCUAUCCGGCCGAUCAAUCUUCCUCCUUUUCCUGAUUCCAUGCGUAGUUUUCCUCUUCGUACUUUCUAAGGAAUGCAAUAAAAAGCAAAAUAUCGAACUGAAAAAUACAUACAUGGCAGAAUCUGGCGAAGCAAGUGGCAUGCAAAUCAAGGAGGCACUUCAAGUGCAGCUGGAUGUCCAGAGGCGUCUUCACGAGCAAUUAGAGAUACAGCGAAACUUGCAGUUGAGGAUUGAGGAACAAGGGAGGCAACUCAAGAUGAUGUUUGAUAUUCAGGAUUCGAAUAUCGAAUGGCCAGAUGAUCCACCUGUUGAUAGUGCGACUGAUCGCACUUCUCAGAAUUAGUGCGACUCGUCGAACUUCUUUAGCACUCUGCAAUCUUCAAGGAUUUUGAAAUGCAUCCCAACACCACCAACCAGUCUUCAAGAUAUAAGUUAAUUAGCUGUCAUAGCAUCACAACUGAUCAGACUUUCAUAAACAUAAAGGUUUUGUGACAAUGUAAGAAUAAUGACUUCAAAUGGAAACAGUGUACUUGGGUUUUGCCCUUUUCUGUUCUGAUUUUACUUAUUAAUGAAGAUUUUUACU